AUGAGGAAGUCCGCUGUGGAGUUGACAGAGCACACAACUCUGAAGCCCGAGGGCCACAACCAGAGAGAGGCCGCGGGCCGCAGACAGAGAGAGGCCGAGGGCCACAAGCAGAGAGAGGCCGAGGGCCACAAGCAGAGAGAGGCCGAGGGCCGCAGCCAGAGAGAGGCCGAGGGCCGCAGCCAGAGAGAGGCCGAGGGCCACAAGCAGAGAGAGGCCGAGGGCCACAAGCAGAGAGAGGCCGAGGGCCGCAGCCAGAGAGAGGCCGAGGGCCGCAGCCAGAGAGAGGCCGAGGGCCACAAGCAGAGAGAGGCCGAGGGCCGCAGCCAGAGAGAGGCCGAGGGCCACAAGCAGAGAGAGGCCGAGGGCCACAAGCAGAGAGAGGCCGAGGGCCGCAGCCAGAGAGAGGCCGAGGGCCACAGCCAGAGAGAGGCCGAGGGCCACAAGCAGAGAGAGGCCGAGGGCCACAAGCAGAGAGAGGCCGAGGGCCGCAGCCAGAGAGAGGCCGAGGGCCACAAGCAGAGAGAGGCCAAGGGCCACAAGCAGAGAGAGGCCGAGGGCCACAAGCAGAGAGAGGCCGAGGGCCACAAGCAGAGAGAGGCCGAGGGCCGCAGCCAGAGAGAGGCCGAGGGCCACAAGCAGAGAGAGGCCGAGGGCCACAAGCAGAGAGAGGCCGAGGGCCGCAGCCAGAGAGAGGCCGAGGGCCACAAGCAGAGAGAGGCCGAGGGCCACAAGCAGAGAGAGGCCGAGGGCCGCAGCCAGAGAGAGGCCGAGGGCCACAAGCAGAGAGAGGCCGAGGGCCACAAGCAGAGAGAGGCCGAGGGCCGCAGCCAGAGAGAGGCCGAGGGCCGCAGCCAGAGAGAGGCCGAGGGCCACAAGCAGAGAGAGGCCGAGGGCCGCAACUAG